GCAGUUGGUACAAUGACAGAUCGAUAGUAUAAACGCAGCUCCAGGAUUGGCUGUUGGAAAUCAAUGGCGGUUAAGGCCACCGAUAAUAUCGAUUAUCUUUAGGGCCCUGCAGACUGCAAUUCCGCAUAUGCGAUAUCGAAGACAGAGUUUUUGAAAGCCAUUGAUAUAUAUUGAAAGUUUUAGUGAGUCUAAAUAAAAUCUAAGUUUAGUGCGCGAUUAAAAACAAUAAUAUUAAUCCGAAAUCGAUUUUUGUGACAGUUUCAACUGUAUAGAAGAAAUAAAAUUGAUAGUUGUUGUUCAAAAGUAUAUUUAAAAAAAUAAAAACAGUUAUACAAUUAUGGAACAACACGCAGAACUUUGCGAGACAUAUCAACUAAAAUGGAAUUAUUACAGUUCUUACAUGCAUUCAUGCAUCGCUACUUCACUUUAUAACGAGUCUUACGCUGAUGUCGCUUUAGUUACAAUGGAUGGUCAUCAGGUUAUGGCUCACCGUUACGUAUUGUCUUAUAGCAGUCGUUAUCUAGCUCAGAUUUUGAAAUAUCAACGGAAAGUAACGACAACUUUGCCUUUAAUGAUAGUCAUGCCUCCGGAAAUCGAUUACAAAUCUUUAAAAGUUUUACUCAGAUACAUGUACAGCGGAGAAGCGAAGGUUCCCAAGGAAAUUUUGAAACAAGUGUUGAGAGGUGGAGAUAUAUUGCAAAUAAAAGGAUUAUAUAGAGAAAAAGAAGACGAUAAGGCAGAAAAACAAUCCCAACAAUCUAUCCAAAGUCCGUCUCCAAUCAACCAUACCCCAACGACUACACCGUCAACAACUCCCAUACCAGUUGUACCGUCUCCUCCUCCUUUGAUAUCUUGUACAGCACCACAGCCAGCUGUGACAACUUCCACGCCAAAAAUGCCUAUUAAAAUAACGAAAAGUACGAAUAGUACUGUAUCGGCUGUAACUACUAGUACUACGAAAGCUCCGAUUACUCCAACAUUUGUUUUAUUGCAAAAACCAUCAGAGGUUCAAGCGUUCGGAAACGCUUCAUCAUCGGGUCCGACAGUUUUCAAUUUUACAUUGUUGCCAUCGUCAGGAAAAGAAGCCGAUACGUUGAAGUCAAAAACAUCCGAUGAAAGUACCGCAGGAGGUGAUCCAAAAACGGUUAUUAAAACGGAAGCCAGUAAUAAUUUACAAUAUUUAAUGAUAAAAGACGAGCCCGUCGAUUGGAGCGAUGUUGAUAUGAAAGUUAUCGAAUGUCAAGAAGUGUAUGAAGAAAUUCAAGUAAAAUCAGAACGAGAAGACAGCAACAGCCCGGAAUGUCCCCCAAACGAAGAUAAACUGUUUUCUCCACUCACUUGCGAAUUAUGUACUGAAACUUUUUCAAUACCCAGAGAAUGGGUAAGACACGUACAGACCCACACGGAUAUGUUACCCGCGAAAAGAAGAAGACGAGACAGUACAGGAGGAAGCGAUUCCUACGGGGAUGAAACUUUUCCAGAAUUGACAUGUGACCUUUGCCAAAAGCCCUUUACAACCCCGGCUGAAUGGGUAAAACAUAUACAGAGCGCUCACACCGAAUUCGAAUUACAUGUUUCUAAUAGACAAAAGGCCAAAAAUUACACAAAAGAAUCGCCUCGAGAAUCGAAAAAAGAAAAUGAAAAAGAAAAGGUUGGAGUUAAUUACUGCAAGCUUUGUAACAAAACAUUCCCUUCAAACGCAUCGAUGUUGAUACACAGAAGGAGUCAUACUGGAGAGAAACCAUUUACUUGCGAAUUGUGCUACAAGACGUUUAAUGUGAAGAGUAAUCUUUUAAGACAUUUGAGAACCAUCCACAACAAAAUUAUCAACACUACCGAACUUGAUAACAAGGAAGACAAGAAGGAAUAAUUUUAUAGGAUUUUAUAUGACAUUGUGUACAAAUAAACAGUAUCCUACUGUA